AUGUGCAAGGUCUUCCCAUCCAGUCUGGGAGAGUUUGGACUCCCAUGGUUCAAUUGUCUCCCUGCUGGAUCAAUCUACGAUUGGAAAUGGCUCUCUGAAGAAUUCCUGGCCAAAUUUAUGUCUAACACCAAAAUCGCUAAGGAGCCGGACACCUUGUUCGGUCUCCGAAAGGAACAGAAGGAAACACUGCAUAAUUAUGCAAGGAGGUAUUGGGAAGAUUAUAAUGACUUAGAGAAAAAUAUCUGCAGCGAGCAGAUGGCAGUGAUGUCUUUUAAGCAUGGUCUACAGCCGGAAAGUAAGUUGAGACAAUCACUUACCAAGCACCCAGCUACAGCACUAAAGGAUUUACAUGCCAGGAUUGAGCAGUACGCUCGUCUCGAAGAUGACCAAAUCCCCAUCGAAGUGUCUUCGGCCGAACAGCCAAGUUGGGAAAACCGACCAAAAAUAGACCGAGGAGAGCCCCAAGGAGUCAUAGUAAAUGAGGUGGACAAAUCUAAAUCUUGUGAUGCAGUUGUCACACUCUUCAAGGAAUCUAUCUAUUGUAUUAUGAAGAAAAUCAAGAGAGAAUCAUUCUUUACUUGGCCGCCAAAGAUGCUAGAAGACCCAGCUCGGCACAACCAAAAGCUCAGAUGCAUUUACCAUUAG